GUCGUAACUGGAAAGGAAGAAGAUAAGCCAAAGCACAGCCUCCAGUGACUGCAUGACAUUUUUCCUGCACACCCGCACACAAAGGUCAGGAAAAACAAGUUUGGAGACAUUCUACUUGUCAUCCUCCCUCCUACUUUUUUAUUUUGCCUUCAACUUGCUCUUCAUUACAUACCAGUUGGCGCUGUUCACGGAUGUUUUAACUUUUUGCUUCUUGGUGAACAUUCCAAGCUGACCAUGAAUUUCUCUCGGUCUUUGUUGGACCUGAAUAACCUGGUGAAACCUCGAUAUACCACCAACGACCAGCUCUACUCCACGCUGACCAGAACAGAGGGCCGAGGGUUUAAUUCACGAAAGAACAAAUCUUCUAGCCACGCAACACUUCUGCCAAAAGACCCAGAGCCAGAAUGCACUGUGACCACUACAAAUACCAAAGAGGAAGCGCAAGAGGAGGAUUUGAUCUGUGGUGGGCUGGAAGACAGAAAUUGUGCUGAUUUGCUGCCAAAUGAGAACUCGUGCCCCGGCUCUCUUCUUAAAGAUGUAGAUGAGGUGGAUUUGGUUGGGGACCACAGCUCCUUCACCUUUCAGCCUGAGGAGACAGUUGACCCACAUGAUCAAACAGAAGGUGGGACAGGAGAUCUCUGCUCAGAUCAGGGAGCCUUGAGUGGUGAAGGUGCAAGUCAGUUGCAGAGAAGCUUUAUAGAUGGAACAAUACCAGAUGUGAUCAACAGUGGGAGACCUCUGAGCAGACGCAGGACAGUGGGACAUUUUGCUCUCAAAGAAGUACGAAAAGAAGUAGAGCUAUCUAGGAAACGAAGUAUCAAGCUUAAGGCCCAAGUUGACAAACUGCAGCAGAACAGAGAGUGGCCGGGAUGGGGCCAGAACCGAGAGAGGGUCACAGAAGAAAUUCUGUCUGUUCUGAAACUGCUGCACCCACUGACAGACCCGGAAGCCGGUCCAGUUGACCUCCCUACAGGGGACACCCGGCUGGAAGUGGCACUGACAGAGCUGCAGCUUGUGGCCCGUAAAUUGGCAAUCAACCACACCCAACAGGUCAAAUCUGGAAGAGGAAAGUCGAAGGGGGCCGAGGAGAGCGCCGUGCUGCAGCAGGCUCUGCGGGACAGAGACGACGCCAUCGAGAAGAAGAGGGCGGUAGAGGAGGAGCUCCUUCGCAGUAAGUCAGAGCAGAUGUAUCUGAACAACCAGCUGUUGGAGGCCAUACAGAAACGUCUGGAGUUGUCGCUGGAGCUGGACGCUUGGAAGGAGGAUGUUCAGAAAAUGAUCCAGCAUCAGAUGCAGUCAAAGCAAGCAGAAGAAUUGCAUAAGAAGUCAUCAAAGCUGGGCAUUCUGAGAAGAAACAACCGACAGCCCAUGCAGCGACCUACCAACUUCCCCGUGCCACAAUACAACCCGCCAUCAACCAACACAAGCCAAGUGUUUGUCAACAGAUCCUCAGCAUCUGCUCCUUCAACCCCCACAACACCUCCUUCCACCCCCCAGCGCAACACUUGGAAGGAUAAAUUCAGGAGGGCCAAAACCAGUAACUAUGGAGACCAGGAGGGGGCAGAGCAGGACGACGGCUUCCAGGUUGUAUCGUUGGAUUGAAGCAAUACAGUGCAGCGAUUUACAACGUCUGAACAUAAUCUGAACAAUGUGUGACUUGCAUUUGUUUUGAGAAGUGUUUUGCUGUAUAUUAAUGUAUGAAUUGUGUCGGAGAAUGAGCCAGGUAAUGUUGUCAAAUUUUUAAAGCUGUACACUGAAAUUACUGAAAGAUGCUCAACAGUUUCAUUGCUGAAUCGUCACAAUAAAAAAUUAAUUAAUUAAUUAAUAAAGAAAAAUGCUAUAAACUCUUCAAAUGUCUUUAUUUGUUUAUACAUUGUAAAUACUGUGUAACUUCUAUAUGUAUCUUUCAAAUAAUUAGAAUUAUUACACCUACAUAACACCACCACUGUGGUAACACUGUCAACACAAGAAAACUCACAAAGGGUUGGUGAGGAAAAACAAAAAACACACACACAAAACAAAACAAAAAAACAGCAUGUUCACAAUCAACAAUUCACAAUGCUUAAGUGAGGGUUACAGGCUAAAAACGGUUCAUAAAUUCACUUUGCUGUAUUGUUAAAGUUAUAUGUCUUUUUCUUUUUUUUUUGCACCAAGGGGGCCUGCAUUCAAAUGUUACCAAAAACAAU